AUGGAUCACCUGUCUCUGGGCGUGAGGGGGCUGGUCAUCAGGGUCAUGCUGAUGGACCAGGACACUCAGUGGCUGUACCAGCUCCUGGCUGAGGUCCAGCUGGAGAAAUUCUACCUGCGAAUCCGGGACCGCCUCAACAUCACGCGCAUCGAGCACUUUGCCUACGUCAAGGAGGCCGACCUGGAGCAGAUAGGGAUCAGCAAGCCCGCUCAAAGACGGUUAUGGGACGCUCUGAAACGCUACAAGACACGUUCGCGGGCAUGGCCCACCAAGGUGUCCAAAAGUCCGGAGGAGCCGUGGAGCGGAGGCGCCCAGGACGCCGGCGGCCGGGCUCUGCCAAGUCUGAUCCAAGACUGCGAGCUGAUUCUGGGGGAGAGGCUGGGCUCGGGGUCCUUUGGGGUGGUCAAGAAGGCAGAGUGGCACACCCCCACCGGGCGGGUGUUGCCUGUAGCCGUUAAAUCCCUGAGGAGCAGCAUGUCCAGGCAUACGGACACACUGACGGACUUCCUCCAGGAAGUCACCACCAUGCAGUCCUUAGACCACCCCAACAUCAUCAGGCUCUACGGGGUGGUGCUCACACAGCCCCUCAAGAUGGUGACGGAGCUGGCCCCCCUGGGCUCGCUGUACGACACCCUCCGCUCCCGUCAGUACGAGUACCCGCUGCUCCGCCUCUGGCUCUUUGCCACCCAGAUCGUGGCGGGUAUGGAGUACCUGGAGACCCGGCGCUACAUCCACCGGGACCUGGCGGCGCGGAACGUGCUGCUGGCCUCCCGGGACACGGUGAAGAUCGGGGACUUCGGCCUGAUGCGGGGUCUGAACCAGGACAGGGACCACUACGUCAUGUCGGCGCACAAACGGAUCCCGUUCGCAUGGUGUGCCCCGGAAAGCCUGCGCGUGGGCUCCUUCUCCCACGCCUCGGACGUCUGGAUGUUGGGCGUCACCCUGUGGGAGAUGUUCACCUACUGUGAGGAGCCGUGGUUCGGGCUGUCGGGCCGGCAGAUUUUGUGGCGGGUGGAACGGGAGGGCGAGCGGCUGGAGAAGCCGCCGGACUGCCCUCAGGAGCUGUACGCCGUCAUGAAGAUGUGCUGGGCCUGCAGCCCGUCAGACAGGCCCAGCUUCGCCCAGCUCACCGCCAUAGUGGCAGAGGCCAAACCCGCGGAGGUCCUGGCCACCAGGGACUUUUCCGAGCCCAGGAAACUGCCGCUGGCGGCCGGAGACGCCGUCACCGUCGUCGAUCACGGUCUGGAGCUGAGCGAGUGGCGAGGCCAGAACCAGAGGACGCUGGCGGUGGGCUGGUUUCCCGCCAGCCUCACCGCCCCUUCCGGCGGCGCGGCGCCCAACCCGCCGCCGGCCAGCUCGCCCCACAUCUCGGCGCCGCUGAAGGGCAGCCUGCAGCACAAGGGCCACGGAGACCUCCACCCCGACCGCUGCUGGGGAGCGCCAGAGAGGCUGGACGACGGCAGCAGCUCCAGGCCGGGACCCGGGAGAGAGAGGGAGGGAUCCAACCUGCAGAGCAUGAUGGGUUUGACCCGGAGCCUGGAGUCAGUCCUGAGUGGCCAUCGGCCCCGGGCUCAGACGGUGGGUGCGGUCAGGGUGGACCAGCAGGGCCGACUCAUGCCCCCCGCGAUGGCCGCCCACAGCGUGGUCAUGCCGCAGGACCCUCGCCGCUUCAGCGAGGCCAGCAUCGUGCCCCCGCCCCGCCCGCCGCCCCCCAACCUGAAGCGCCUGAACGUGAAGGUCCCCAGGAGACCCACGGUCCACCCGAGCCCGGGCGGCUCCUGGCCGCCUCAGAUGGGCCAGUCGCCGCCGGCAACGGCUCCGGGCCAGCAGCAGCCGGCAGCUCAGCAGAGCCCCGGGGGCUCCAACCUGGCCAAGAUGGCCCAGCUGGCCCGCUCCACCCCGCAGCUGGACGAGGACCCCAAAGAGAGGGAGCGAAUCCGAGAUCGGGACAAGGCCUCUAACUUGCAGAGCAUGAGAGACAGCCUCGUUGGACAGGUCAUGGAGGCAGUCCACGGAGUGACCAUCGAAGAGGUCCAGAGUGCUCUGCAGCGCAACGACUGGAACCCAGUGCGGGCCGAGCAGCAGCUCAAGCUGGGGCAGCUGUACUCGCUGAGCCUCUGUUCCAGAGAGGACUGCCUGAGGGUCCUGUGCAGGCACCAGUGGAACCUGCAACUGGCCAGCCGCUAUCUGAUCAGGUGGUUCCGGGAGGACAAACCCGGCCCCGAGGAGAGGGAGCGGCCUGCGAUCACCACCGAGAGACGGGUCUGA